GACUCCAAUGAUGAUGAGAAUAUUGUGUGGUGGGAUGGCGACGACGACCCUCAUAAUCCUUAUAAUUGGCCGGCGUGGCGCAAAGUUCUCAACAGCGUCCUCGUCAGCUCCCUUUCUUUCAUCACGCCUUUAGCUUCAUCCAUGUUUGCCCCGGGUGUCCCCGAUCUCAUGCAGGAAUUUCAUACCACAAGUCAAGAACUGGCAGCCUUUUGCGUUUCCGUAUAUGUCCUAGGCUUUGCUGCCGGGCCUAUGCUCUUUGCGCCGCUGUCUGAACUCUAUGGCCGGUCCAUCAUUUAUAACAUCACCAACGUUGGUUUCAUUGUCUUCGUCAUCGCCUGCGCAAAGGCCCCGUCAAUGAACGCCCUCAUCGUAUUCCGUUUCUUCAGUGGCAUCUUCGGUUCCUGUCCCAUCACAAACGGCGGCGGCACCAUAACCGACAUGAUUACCCAGGAGAAGCGUGGCGCCGCCAUGGCAGGCUUCGCCAUCGGGCCCCUGCUAGGCCCUGUCGUUGGCCCUGUCAUCGGCGGUUUCAUCACCACGGGACUGGGAUGGCGCUGGGUAUUUUGGAUCAUGGCAAUUCUCGCGGGCACGCUGGCCCUGCUCUUUGCCGUCUUUGCCCGUGAGACGUAUGCUUCGGUGUUGCUGGAACGCAAGGCCAGAAGACUGAGAAAAGAGACGGGCAACCCCCUCUUACGAUCCAAGCUCGACCCCGGGCUGUCAAGUGCCGCGUACCUCAAGCGCGGCAUCAUGCGGCCGUUCAAGUUGCUGGUAUUGUCUCCCAUCAGCAUCAUAUGCGGCGUCUAUGUCGGCGUAGUCUACGCAUACCUAUACCUCCUAUUCACCAGCUUAACCCCCCUCUUCAUGGAAAUCUAUCACUUUAAGACGAGCUACGCAGGCCUCACGUUCCUGGGAAUCGGCAUCGGCAGCAUGAUUGGCGUCGCGUUCUUCUCCCUUACUAGCGACAGGACCAUCAAAAAGAAGGCUGCCGAAGAGGCAGUGGCGGCAGAGGCAGAGGGCAGGGCGCCCGAAGGCAUGAAGCCCGAGUACCGCCUCUCGCCCCUGAUGGUCGGCGCCCUCGUGCUUCCCAUGGGCUUUUUCAUCUACGGGUGGACCGCCGAGUAUCAGGUCCACUGGAUCGCACCCAUCAUUGGUACCGUCGUGAUCGGCGUUGGCGAUCUCAUCGUCUACAUGUCCCUGCAAAUGUAUCUCGUCGACACCUUUACCAUCUACGCCGCCUCCGCCCUCGCCGCAAACGCAGUCAUCCGCUCCAUCGCCGGAUCCGUCCUCCCCCUCGCCGGCCUGCCCAUGUACAAUCGCCUCGGCAUGGGCUGGGGCAACAGCAUCCUCGGCUUCAUCGGCCUCGCUUUAUCACCCGUCGCAUGGCUUUUUCUCAAGCACGGCGAGAACCUGCGCAAGAGAUUUGAGAUUAAGAAUUUAUAA